GCUGCGCAGUCAUGAUCACUGCCGAGGCCGCGGCGGACUCCGCCGUCCCCUCGGUGCCCGGUACUGCGGUGGCUACCGGUGUCGCGGAGCGCGAGGAGCCGGCGUGGCCCUGGAAAGAUGCCCCGAUCCCGGCGCUGGUGCAGCGCAUCCACCAGUUGCAGGCUGAGCGCGCGCAGGCCUUCCGCCGGCUGGAGGAAGGCCACCUCCAGUACCUGCGAAGCGGCCCGCCCUACGACUUCCCGCGCUACCGGAGCACGGUGCACGAGGUGACCCAGGCCUUCGCGGCCGCCUCGCGAGAAGUGCUAGCGGUGGAGGCCGAGCUGGCCGGGCCCAGAGGGCAGCCGCUGCUCGCGAGCCACGUGCGCAGCCUGCAACAGCUGGAGCAGACUCGCCUGGCCACGGUGGCCCUGCUGCAGCUGAUGGGGGCACCAGAGCUGUCUGGGCAGGAGAACACUCUGGAGAUGCACCAGCUGAAGAUGAAGGUAAUUAAAACCAUGGAAGCAAUCAGCGAGGUUCUUCAGGACCUUAGGUUUGAUGCAGAAUCUGCUGAGUGAUGGUGGCUCCCCAGGGACACGCCGAGGGACACAGGAAAUGGCGUGAAUGGCACCCAGCCCACCCCUGGACUGUUAGCUGGCUGGGGCACGCUCCACCAGGUUGCUGACUGCCCUUGAGUUUGCUGUGACUCCCACAAUAAAGGACCCUUCAUUUGCA